UCGGGGAGCCCCAGUCGCCGGCCCCGUCGGCCCCGUUGUGCUCGAGGGCAGCUGCGCUCCACGUCACAGAAACUGGGGCAGGAUCCUGACGGGACCGGCGCGCCAAACUAGAGCCAGAGCCCCGCGACUAUGCCCAGUGACCCCCCGCCCUAACAGUCGCUCGUCCUGCGCCCGGGCCCAGCCCCCGACGGCCACGCGUUGAGAUGACUUUCCGCGACCUCCUGAGCGUCAGUUUCGAGGGAUCCCGCUCGGACAGCAGCGCCAGGAGCUCCAGCGCGGGCGGCGGCGGGGGUGGCGCGGGCGGGUCAGCCGUCUCAGAGGGCCCCGCAGUGGACGGCGUGCGGGGGACCGCGGGCGGCGGCGGCGGCGGCGUGGUGGGCGCGGACAGCGGCGAGGACAACAGGAGCUCCGCGGGGGAGCCGGGGGGCGCCGGCGCUGGCGGCGAGGUGAACGGCACGGCGGCCGUCGGGGGGCUGGUGGUGAGUGCGCAGGGCGUGGGCGUGGGAGUCUUCCUGGCCGCCUUCAUCCUCACGGCGGUGGCAGGCAACCUGCUGGUCAUCCUCUCCGUGGCCUGCAACCGCCAUUUACAGACGGUCACCAACUAUUUCAUUGUGAAUCUGGCCGUGGCCGACCUGCUGCUGAGCACCACGGUGCUCCCCUUCUCAGCCACCAUGGAGGUCCUGGGCUUCUGGGCCUUCGGCCGGGCUUUCUGCGACGUGUGGGCCGCCGUGGACGUGCUCUGCUGCACAGCCUCCAUCCUCAGCCUCUGCACCAUCUCGGUGGACCGGUACGUGGGCGUGCGCCACUCGCUCAAGUACCCCUCCAUCAUGACCGAGCGGAAGGCGGCCGCCAUCCUGGCGCUGCUCUGGGCCAUAGCCCUCGUGGUAUCCGUGGGGCCGCUGCUGGGCUGGAAGGAGCCGGUGCCCCCGGACGAGCGCUUCUGCGGCAUCACGGAGGAGGCGGGCUACGCCGUCUUCUCCUCCCUGUGCUCUUUCUACCUGCCCAUGGCUGUCAUCGUGGUCAUGUACUGCCGCGUGUACGUGGUUGCGCGAAGCACCACGCGCAGCCUGGAGGCUGGUGUCAAGCGCGAGCGGGGCAAGGCCUCGGAGGUGGUGCUGCGCAUCCACUGUCGCAGCGCAAGCACCGGCUCGGACGCGGCCCGUGGCAGGAGGCGCAGCGCCAAGGGCCACACCUUCCGCAGCUCACUGUCCGUGCGCCUGCUCAAGUUCUCCCGCGAGAAGAAGGCGGCCAAGACUCUGGCCAUCGUCGUGGGAGUCUUUGUGCUCUGCUGGUUCCCCUUUUUCUUCGUCCUGCCACUGGGCUCCCUGUUCCCGCAGCUGAAGCCCUCGGAGGGCGUCUUCAAGGUUAUCUUCUGGCUGGGCUACUUCAACAGCUGCGUGAAUCCGCUCAUCUACCCCUGCUCCAGCCGCGAGUUCAAGCGCGCCUUCCUCCGCCUCCUGCGCUGCCAGUGCCGCCCCCGCCGGCGCCGCCGCCCCCUCUGGCGCGACCCCGGCCGCCACUGGCGGGCCUGGAACGGCGGCCCACGCCCCGCCUGCGCCCCUGGCCCGGGCGCCCCGCUGCCCUGCGCCCCGCUGGCCCUCACCGCGCCCUCGGCCCCCAGCUCCCCGGGCACCCCUGAGGUGCAGGCCCCCGUCGUCGGCCGUCGAAAGCCGCCCCGUGCCUUUCGCGAGUGGCGACUGCUCGGGCCAUUCCGGAGACCCACCACCCAGCUGCGCGCCAAGGUCUCCAGCCUGUCGCACAAGAUCCGCGCCGGGAGCGCGCCCCGCGCAGAGGCCACGUGCGCCCUGCCCUCGGAGGUGGAGACUGUGUCCCUAGGCGUCCCCCACGACGUGGCCCAGGGCGCCACCUGCCAGGCCUAUAAAUUGGCCGACUACAGCCAUCUCCAGGAAACUGAUAUUUAAGGACCCUGGGGAGUAUGUCAGCGGUGGGAGGAACGGUAUGGAGAGGGAGGCUGGCUUUGUUCAAGAGGCCGGUGAAAAUCGGGGACCCAGAAACUGAUCAGGAAAUCUGCUCUCCUGCAUCCCUGAGGAACUGAGGUGGGGGUGGGGCCCUUAAAGGGUGAAAAGUGAUGGAACCCCCCACCCCCACCCCGACUGGACACAAAUACCCCCAGUUCCCUUUCCAGGUAGGGGCUGCGGGCUCCUUGGGGCCAUUUGCUUCCAAUCUCUGUUUGAGAAACACUGCCCUGUCCAUGCCCUGAACCCAGGGUAGAUGGCCCCAAGUAUGGUCAGGCAGCCCUGUCCCUCCUCUUGGGGAGGGAAGGACACAGAGGCCCUGCCUGGCUGCCCACAAUGCCUCCCCUAGGGGAAAACUCAGUGGGGCCAGCGCUUCUCAACGGACACAAUUUCUCCUUACUGCCGACUGGAAGAAUCCAGUGGACCUGCCACUGCCACCCAUAAGCUUUGGUGGCAGAUUGGGUUACCGCGCUAGAAGCCUGUUGUAUUAACCAGUGGGCCCACUCCCCUCUGUUGAGGCUCCUCCCUGCAUACCUGGCCCUGCCCCCAUUAUGUCUUCCCAGGGGCCUUACUGUUUACACUCUGUAUAUAGUUCGUUGUGCCUGUGCCCACCAUUUCUCCCUGGGAUCCAGAGCCAUCAAAUGGGGAGAGCUUUGUCAUUUUUAGACAUAUUUAUUGGUCAGAGAACUUCUAUUUUGUCCAAACGGUGCAAACUGUCCCUCUUUAGCAUACAAACCAUAAAGAACUACAUUUUUUCCCUAAAAUCCUUCAAGUA